UUGAACUUGCUCGUGCUGUGCCGAGCCUAAUUUUACAAACUUUACCAGCCAGGGAACCAUUGCUCAAUUUUGAGGCCAACGAUCAACAUAGGAGCCAGCGUCUGUUGUGUGGAGAACUCCUCUGUGCAGCAUGAGCAACCUUUAUGUGGAGAUCGUGGCCUUCAUAUUAAACAUUUCUGGGUGGGUGCUGGUGUGCUCCACCUUGCCGACGGACUACUGGAAGGUCUACUCACUAGAUGGAGUAGUUUUAGCCACUGCUACCUACUGGUCCAAUCUGUGGAAGACAUGUGUCACCGAUUUGACAGGAGUCUCCGACUGCAAAGGCUUUCCCUCCUUGCUGGCACUGGACGGUUACAUCCACACAUGCAGAGGACUGAUAAUCACUGCCGUCUGUUUGGGUUUCUUUGGUUCUGCAUUUGCCCUGUUUGGAAUGAAAUGCACCAAAAUCGGAGGAAGUGAAAGAACCAACGCGAGGAUCACCUGCGUUGCUGGUGUUGAUUUCAUUCUAAGUGGCCUCUGCUCACUGUCAGCGUUCUCCAUUUACGCAAAUCAGAUCACGUCAGAGUUUUUUGACCCAAAGUUUUUUGGUCAAAAGUAUGAACUGGGAGCUGCUCUAUAUAUUGGAUUCGGAGGCUCAGUCCUCUGUAUCAUUGGAGGCAGCAUGCUCUGUUUCUCCAUCACAAAUUCCUUCACAAAAAGUCACAGUAAGGAAAACUCUAUCUACAAUGGUGCAGCCUGACGUUUUCAUAUCUCCUCCAACCCAAGAGAGCGGGCAAGCAAUGUAAACCUGCAAACCUGCUGGAUUCAGCACUUUGAUAAGAAUGUGCCUUUUACAUCUGAGGAAUGUGGACGAAAAAGACUUUUAGUUGACGCCACUGACAGGUGCUAAAAGAUGUACUACUUCCGUAAUACACAGAAAGAUAAAUUAAUAUUGGUGGUUUCGGUCUUGAAUACAUUUAAAUUGAUUCUAUUGUAUCAUCUGUAAAUUGCAACAAUUGUUCUGUUGGUUGUAUCUUUAACUGUAAAAAAUAUGUAAACUGUGUCGGACACAGAUUUCUUGUUUGUUAUUAUUCGACCAUCAUCUACCAUUUUGUAAUAAGUAAAGUUAAAGAUAAAAAAAACAGCUGCAGCUUGUCUUUGUGUUUAAAAAAGUGUGCAGUAAAUAAUGUGCAGCUUCACUUUCUUAUCUGUUAUGGCUAAAAACAAUGCUUCAAACUGAAUAUUAAUGUUGGUCACAUUACGUCUGGUGGUGUGUGGCAGGUUUAAACAUUUCUCAUAAACUCUAGAGAAUCAAAUAAA